AUGCCACCUCCAGAGGAGCUUUACAACUAUUUCUUUUCCAGUGGCUUUAUCAAGCCUAAGAAGAAGACCAGCAAGCCCAAGCCAACUCCGCAGCAGAUGGAGCACUACUAUUCAGUGCUGAAUCUCAGGCCCGGUGCAAAGGCAGCAGCCAUCAAGAAGUCCUUUCGGCAGUUGGCUCUUCGCUUCCAUCCCGAUAAGAAUCAUGACAGUUCGGAAGCCACCACAAAAUUCCAAGAAAUCACCGAGGCGCAACACGAAACUUGGGGAAACGUUAUUGGGGCUGGAGGUCUGAGGGAGGGACGACAUGAUGCAAAUCAGGCCUAUGAAAUCAUUUGCCGAACAUUAAAAAAUAGAAUAUCCAAUGAGAACGAAAAAAUAUGA